AUGGACUGCCCUCAUGCUACUGAGAUCUGGACUCAGGCUGGUGUGCGUUGGUCGGGCGGGAAUGUUGAUUCUAUCCAAGCGUGGGUUAUGGCUUUAAUACCUACUUUAUCCAAAGAAGAAUUGAAUAAGGUGCUGAUGUUGUUGUGGGGUAUAUGGAAGAAUAGAAAUGCUCAAGUUUGGGAACAGAAAGGUAAGCAUGCUUCUGACACAUUGUUGUUGACGUUGGGAUGGUAUGAAGAGUACAAGAAGUAUCAUGUGGUUUCAAGAAGACAGAGGCCCCCACCUUCACAUUGGAUUGUUCCAGCUCCAGGCCAGUACAAAAUGAAUUGUGAUGGAGCUUAUCAAGCAUCUUCCAGACGUGGUGGAGGAGGCUAUGUCAUGCGUGACAGUGCAGGCAGCUUUAUAGCGGGACAGACGAAGCCAUAUGGCUUGCUUACAUCACCUUUUCAUGCUGAAUUGCUAGCUCUUAGGGACUGUAUAUUGCUAGCUCGAUCGCUGCAUCACGAAGAGGUGGUGUUUGAGAGUGAUUGCUCACUGCUAGUCCAAGCUAUCCACUCUCCUUCGCAGGAUCUAACCACUAUGAAUAUACUAAUUGAGGAAGUUAGACAACUGCUGCAAGAUCACCGGGGAUACAGUGUCCUGCAUGUCCGGCGCGAAGCUAAUAUAGUUGCACAUACCUUAGCGACCCAUGCGCUAAGGUCUAGAGAAAGUCAAGUGUGGUUUGUACUAGCUCCCGAAUUGAUAAGGGAUGCCAUUCGAAACGAUGUAAUCGUUAUCUGA